AACCGCCCGGGACUUCCUUCAACAGGAGUCGAGUGGUGUGUGACGAUAUAAACCAAGGGAACUUCAACUAACCCGUUGCUGGAGGUCUUCUUAAGAGGACUUGAGGAAUCCCCCCCCCAUCUUAACCCUGGCUAUCUCUAUCUCUCCCCCAUCAACCUGUAUAAAGAUUAGUUAGUAUCUUGCCUUCGUGUUAGGUUGCUCGCCAUCAUGAGUACAGACGAGAACACCAUCUCCCCUACCCGCACCCUUCUCUUUGCGGCAUGGAGAAUCUUCAAGGAGCAGUGGGCCUAUCUCAUACCACUCUUCCUCGUCUUCCGGAUUUUAUAUAAACGCUAUGCUUCUCCCCUGCGCCAGUACCCCGGCCCAUUCCUGGCCUCCUUCACCCGUCUCUGGAAGGUCAUCUCGACAGCUGGUGAGAACACACAUCUAGACCACAUAGAACUGCACCGCAAGUAUGGCCCCAUCGUGCGAAUCGCGCCCAACGAGCUCUCGUUCUCUUCUCCCUUGGUCGCGCGCCACGUCCUCUCGGCGGGCAAGCGCUUCUACAAGACGGACUUCUACAACGUGUUCCCGCCGCCGGAGAACCCGGACAUCUUCACGGAGACGCGGGAGGACGUGCACGCGAUGAAGAAGAAGGUGGCCAACGUGCCGUACUCGAUGGCGGCCAUGCGCCAGCUCAGCCCCUUCAUCGACGACACCAUCGACUACCUCGUCAGCCGGCUCGACCAGUUCUGCCCCGACACCGCGAUCCCGGGCUUCCAGCAGGCCGGGCUUCCCGGCCGCAACCCCGUCGUCAACCUCGGCGACUGGCUGCACUACUUCGCGUUCGACGUGCUGGGCGAGGUCGCCUUCGGCCGCUCCUUCGGCUUCAUGGCCGCCGGCGUCGACAAGGAGAACGCCAUCAAGACCAUCGACAACAGCCAGAAGUACAACGGCAUCGUCGGCCAGAUCCCCGAGCUCGACUUCCUGCUCAGGCGGAACCCGCUGUGGAAGUUCAUCCCGGCCCUGAACCCCGGCAACGCGCUCAUCACGAGGAUCGCGGUCGAGGAGAUGCAGAAGCGCCGCCCGUUUGAGGCGGAGCGCGACGGAAAAGGCGCCGGUGGCGACGGGCGUGAGGAUCUGCUCUCGUCGCUGAUCAGGGGCCACUUGAAGGACAAGGAGCGCUUCCACGAGGGCGAUAUCUUUGCUGUUUCGCACGGCGCUAUCUUCGCAGGCUCCGACUCCACGGCCUCGACCAUGCAAUCCUUCUUCUGGAACGUGCUCUCCGUGCCCCGCGUGAUCGCGCGGCUGGUCGAAGAGCUGGAGCUCGCCGUGCGCGACGGCACGAUCCAGGAGCAAGGGAACGUGCAGUGGACGGAGGCGCAGAACCUCCCGUACUUCCAGGCGUGCCUGAAGGAGUCGAUGCGCGUCCGCCCCGCCGUCGGCCUCAACAUCGGCCGCCUCGCGCCCCCCGAGGGCGUCGAGAUCGAGGGCCGCCACUUCCCCGGCGGCACCAGGCUCGCGCUCAACGGCUGGGUGCUGCACCGCGACACGGCGACGUUCGGCGAGGAUGCGGAUGUCUUUAGGCCUGAGAGGUGGCUGGAGGAUGCGGAGAAUGCGCGGGUGAUGGAGCGGUAUAUGUUCCAGUUCGGCGGCGGCAGCCACGUGUGCAUCGGGCGCAACCUCGCGCUCCUCGAGAUCAACAAGGUCGUGCCGCGCCUGCUGCGCGACUUCAACUUCGAGCUCGCCUACCCCGGCCGCCCGCUCAAGGCCAAGGCGACCUUCUUCGUCGUGCAGGAGGGCCUCGAGGUCUUCAUCUCCCGGAAAUCGGCCCAGAAGCUGGGGUAGAUAGAUGGGCCUCCGCGCGAUAAGACGAAACGAAACGAAACGAAACGAAUUAUCUAACCUAGAGAAACAACAAACAAAAUUUGCACAUAUAUAUCUAUCUUUUUAUGAUGCUAUUUAAUUGAUACCUUAAUCGAAAUAGUAUCGGGGACGGUCUUCCAAUAUCACAUCCUGCUUUUUUUUUUUGGGCACUGCGGCGGCGUUGGUUGUUGCGCGGCGGAUUGGCGGGGUCGUGGCUUAGCGGUCGAUUUUUUUUUUCUUUUUCUCUACGAA